GCAGAGCAGUGCUCCAGAGCAGGGCUGCUUCUCCUCUGGGCCUUUGCAGAAGGAAGGAUCCAGAGGCACAUUUCUGACCUGCUCCAGGUCACCGGUCCCUGACCAGGCGUCGCACCACCGGGCCCAGAGGCUUCCCGAGCCCGCCAGGAUGGAGAAGGGCAGAAAGCGUCCCAGGGACCACUGUGGCCACUCCACGCGUGUGCGCCACCGUCAGCCCCCUGUGGCCCCCGCGGGCUCCGGGGCUAGCGACACCCACGCCCUCCCGGGACACCGACCUGAGGAACUGAAGGAAGCCUCUGAACCCCAAGGCCAAGGCCAAGGCCCCAGCAGGCGCCUACAGGGCUCCAACCUCCAGGCAGGUGCGAGCAAAGAGUCCCCGUCUUCUCGGCCUGCAGCCCGAAGGCCAAGGCUGAAGGGACAAGCCGCCAAGGAGGAGAAGGAGGGGCAGUGGGUGCCCAAAGGGGACCCCGAGGAGGCCCUGAAGGUGCGAGUGCUGCUGGCUUCUUUUUCCGAGGAGCAGCUGACCCGGUACGAAGUGUACCGCAGGUCCGCCUUCCCCAGGGCAGCCUUGAAGCGUGUGGUCCAGAGCGCGGCGGGCGGCGCCCCGGUGGAGCACAAUGCGCUCAUCGCCAUGGCCGGGGUGGCCAAGGUCUUCGUCGGGGAGGUGGUGGAAGAGGCCCUGGACGUGUGCGAGAGCUGGGGGGAAAGGCCCCCCCUGCAGCCCAAGCAUCUCCGGGAGGCCGUGCGCAGGUUGAGCGCCAAGGGCAGAGUGCCCCGCGUCAAGCCCAGAAACGCCUUGUUCCCCUAGGCCGGAUGCCGGGGCCCAGCCUGGGUGCGCUGCAGCCCCUCCAUCUCCGUCCCUCCUUCCGCGGAUGGACCUUCCUCCCUGGACGGAUCACCUUCUCCUCCAAACUCCCCAGGCUGGGCCCCCACUCUUUGAAGGCACGCUGGCUGCCUGCCAGGUCCCUCCAGGCUGACUGGGGUCACCUCCUAGGGAAGGGGGGCGGGCACCUGGAGGCAGGGAACUCUCUGGCUAGGUGAGCCCAGCCUGGUCAACAAGGGUGCCUGCCAGGAAGGGUCCCGGCACCCACGGGGGCAACAGCGGCUGGCAAAGAGGACACAGCCUCCCUCCCGAGGUGGCGCCAUGCUCUCCCAGGGAACCCGCGAGCCAGAGGAGGCUGGGACUUGGGCGGCUUCUUCCCUUUGCUCCCGGGGACAUGAGAUCACCCGCACCUUCUCAGGGCUCACCCUCUGCCCUGAAGGAUGUGCGCAGAGCAGAAGUGAGCACCUCUGUGCUUGGGAGCCCUGACCUUAAAUCCGUGUUGUUGUUGUUUUCUU